AUGAAUCCCAAAAAGGCUCCUGGGGAGGAUGGUAUGACCUCGGAUAUCUGUUAUGAGAGCUAUAAAACAACACCAUCGAUCCUUUUGGCUAUUUAUAAUAAAUGUCUUGAAAUAGGCUAUUUCCCAAAGAUAUGGAAAAAAGCAAUCAUAAAAAUUAUUCCGAAGCCUGGAAAAGUAGACUAUACUGUACCUAAAGCAUAUCGUCCAAUUGGCUUGUUGCCAGUGUUUGGAAAAAUUUUAGAAAAGCUCUUUGUAGGCAGAUUACUCUGGCAGCUUGAAAGGGAAGGAAAAUUCAGCAAUCGACAAUAUGGUUUUAUGCCACAACGUAGUACAGAGGACGCACUAUAUGACAUAAUGACAGUGAUGAAACAAGGCAUAAAAGAAAAGAAGAUAGUUGUUAUGGUAUCCCUCGACAUAGAAGGGGCUUUUGACAAUGCUUGGUGGCCCCAAAUAAUAAAAGAAAUCCAAAGGAAAAAUGUGAACAUACACAACCUAAGGCUCAUUACCAGCUAUCUGUCUUCAAGGAGUGUUAUAGUGAAAUAUGCAGGAGCAAUAGCCACCAAACCUACAACUAAAGGAUGCAUACAAGGAUCGACCUGUGGACCCAUACUCUGGAACAUCCUUCUCGACCCCCUUCUUGAAUUAAGUUCAGAUAUGGAUGUACAUCUUCAGGCAUUUGCUGACGAUAUUCUAUCAUCGCAAAAGGAAACUCAGCAAAAGAUGUAG